AGUAAUAUGUAGCAGGAGGAAUUAGGGUUUAUAAGGGCGAAGAUCUAGUUGGUGUCGGAAGAGCGAGCAGGACAGCCACAGCAGCGGUGAAGGUAAACGGCGGCGUCGUAGUUGCCGUAGAAGACAAUCACUAUGGUCCACGUGUCCUUUUACAGGAACUAUGGAAAGACGUUCAAGAAGCCGCGUCGUCCGUACGAGAAGGAGCGUCUGGACGCGGAGCUGAAGCUGGUGGGGGAGUACGGGCUGCGGUGCAAGAGGGAGCUGUGGAGGGUGCAGUACGCCCUCAGCCGCAUCCGCAACAACGCGCGUAACCUCCUCACUCUGGACGAGAAAAACCCGCGCCGGAUCUUUGAGGGCGAGGCUCUCCUCCGCCGCAUGUUUCGCUACGGUCUCCUCGACGAGACCCAGAACAAACUUGAUUACGUCCUUGCACUCACUGUCGAGAACUUCCUCGAGCGCCGCCUCCAGACCCUCGUCUUCAAGUCCGGCAUGGCCAAGUCUAUCCACCAUGCUAGGGUUCUCAUCAAGCAGAGACACAUCAGGGUUGGUAGGCAAGUUGUGAACAUCCCAUCUUUCUUGGUGAGGGUUGACUCACAGAAGCACAUUGACUUUUCACUUACAAGUCCCCUUGGUGGAGGACGCCCUGGAAGAGUGAAGAGAAGGAACCAAAAGGCUGCUGCUAAGAAGGCCGCUGGCGGAGAUGGAGAUGAGGAAGAUGAGGAUUAGCCUAUUCAUUUUCUCUUUCUCUAUUGCCUUUACACUUUCUGCAAUUAUCAUUUUCAUCCUAGCUUCCUUGUUUCGGAUUUUUCUUCACAUAUUAUUCUUUUCAUCUUAAAUAUCAAGAUUUUGUUUACUUCUA